CUUCUCAUUAUCUCUAACCCUCUCUACUUCUCCUACUUCAUUUUCAUCUCCCCUUACCUUCUUAGAAUUGUUGUACUAAUCCCUCUCCUUUCUCUUCUUUCUUAUCAUGGCGUGGUGGAGGAAACUUAUAAGCCUGAGGUCAAAGAUCUAUGGCGAAGGGUCUUUAGACAGUUUGCAGGCUCAUAAGAUCUUCCCAAUUGGUGGUGGUGUACAAGAAAACCAAGUCCAGCUCUUGGCAGAAAAGAAUGCUUCUUCUUCUCCUCCUCCUUCAGUGGAGGAUAACAAAACAGGAACUGCAUUUCCUAAAAAGGAAAAGGAUUGGAAGACGACAUUGGCGAGCAGACUGCUGGAGGAGAGCCCCCGCAGUUCGGUUUACAGUGGGGAGGGGAUGGAUCUACUGUGGGAGAGGUACGAGAUAAACGACUCGAUAAAGAUGAACAGUUCGAGACGCGAAGAAGAAGGAGAAGAACAGACGAAGAAGAAGAGCAAGAAAACGAUGAAAAACGAGAGAUGUCAAAAGGGGAGCCGUGAUGAUGAUAAUGAGGAGGAGGAAGAGGUGAAGAUUGGCCAGCUUUGUUGCUUGCAGGCACUCAAGAAGUUGUCAACUGGGAAGGGGAGCAGCUUCGGGAUGAUGGGAAGUUCUAAUCUUGUGAAGAUUUCAAAAGCCUUGAAAGGGUUCGGAUGGGUUCGCCGGGUGAGCAAGAUGGUGGUGCACGUCGAAGACAGAUUCUGACAGCUUAGCUUUGCUCCAUAGUGAACAAACAUUAGUUUGUUUG